CACCUGGGCCCAGAGGAGGGACACCAAGACGGGCAGUCUGGGUCUUCACACCCAGUCCAGGUGCUGUGGGGAAGGACAUGAGGUCCUGCAGCCUGCUCUGGAGACUGGGUAUCUGGCUACUGGUGCUGGAAGUGCAGAGGGUGAGCCUGAGUGCCCUGGUUAAGAACCGGAGCUGUAUCUCCUAUGGAGCCAAUGUCCUAACGGAGGGUCUGGAGCAUCUCCAGGGCUUGAUCUUAGAAGACAGCCGUAACAGCACCAUCCAGUGUCCCCACAACCAGUGCUGUUUUGGCAUCUGGAACCGGACCCAGGGCGGCCAGCUCCAAGCCAAGGUGCAAGGUUGCUGGAUUAGCGAAAAGGAAGCCUGCAAUUCCUCAGCUUGUGAGUCUGAAUCUGCUGAGGACGCUGAGGAUACCACCAUACUGUCCUGUAGGUGCCGCUCAGAUCUGUGUAAUGCUCACAUCAAGCAUGAUGGGCCUGGAAAAAGGCAGGCCGGGUCCCUGCCUCACCCCAGUAAGACCAUCUGGAUGAUUGCAGCCUGCCCUCUCCUGCUCUUCCUAGGGUGUCUGGCAUUUCUAGUUCUAAGGCUGUGGAAAGUCCUUGCACCACUCCUGAGCACAGAGGAACCUGGAGAGCUCACCAAGGUCACCACAGACCCAGAGGGGAAUGGCAAGAGGAAAGUGCCCAGGCAAAAGCCUCCUGGCCUCCAGUUCCUUCAGGUUCUCCAUGAUGGGCAGGACUCCAAACUGUGGCAGGGAACAUUCCACCAGCAGCCUGUGGCCAUCAAGGCCUUUGCCCCUUCUUGCUACCGGCAGUUUGCGUCCGAGUGGGCCGUGCACAGCCUCCCCCUAAUGAGCCACGACAACGUGAUACGGCUCGUGGCUGCUGGGUGUGGAGGGCCCAAUGAGGAACAGGGUGGCCUCCUGGUGCUGACGCUGUGCCCACUGGGCUCCCUGCGGCAUUUCCUCACCCAGCACACUUGCUCCUGGGACGUCACCAUCCGGCUUGGAGUGUCCCUUGCCAGGGGCCUUGCUUUUUUGCACGAGGAGCAGUGGAAAGAAGGUCUACACAAACCGGGUGUGGUGCACCGAGACUUAAGCAGCCAGAAUGUGCUGGUGCAGGAGGACAGGACCUGCGUCAUCAGCGACUUUGGCCUGGCCAUGGCUUUGCCCAGGCGCCAUGAGUGGUGGAGAGAGGGCCCCACAGAAGGCAGCAUCCGUAAGGCUGGAGCCCCACGCUACACUGCCCCUGAAAUCCUGGAUGAGAGCCUGAAUCUGCAGGAUUUGGGCUCAGCCCUGAAGCAGGCAGACGUCUACUCCCUGGCCCUGGUGCUGUGGGAGACCCUGAUGAGAUGCUCUGCACUCUUCCCAGACAACAGCACCCCUGGGUUCCAGCUGGCCUAUGAAAUGGAACUGGGCAGCAACCCUACUUACUGUGCGUUGAGGAGGCUGGCUGUUGAGGAAAGGGGGAGACCAGUCAUUCCACCCGUUUGGAGAAGGAUUGGGCAGCUUUCCCGUAGGUCUCUGCCCACCUACAGGAACUCCUAGAGGACUGCUGGGAUCCUGAACCAGAAGCCCGCCUUCAAGCUGAAUGUGCUCAUCAGAGACUGCAGAAUCUGGGUGCGGAGGACCUGGCGAAAGAGUACUGAGGCUGAAGUGUAUCGUGGUGAGCGUUCUGCUUGCGUGGACCCCAGACCUUGCUUGGAAGGGGUUCUUUUGCCCAUUGUCAAGGUCUACUCAAGGCUGCGAGGAUUCUGCGACUGAGCUGCCCAAGUGUGAGAAGUGGGACUCAGUGCUUCAUACAUUCAUCAUCUGAGAGAUGUCAGCUUCAAGCAAAAUGCAAAUUUCUGUCCCUCAAGGCUGUGAAGAGAGGCUGGGAAAGAUGUAUGCAGUGGCUGUUGAAGGGAGGGCGAACGAGGAUCUUCUAGUCUAGUGGCUUCUAGGCUCUAGGCCAUUGUUCUUCGCUGUAAGGCCCAAGAGCCACUGACAGCUCCUGACAGCCCUCCUGCAACUCCCUGACCAGUUGUGGAUUGGGCCCGUGUGAAGCGUCAGCUUCAGCGGAAUAUUCUGAGCAGUGCCACUGCUGCCAUGCAGAGACCACGACCCCUGCCGUAUGCAGUGCUGCGUUUUGCCCAGCACUGGAGGGGGUGGGCUCUUUUCAGGGGAAAGGAGGCCUCUAAGCCCCUGCCCCAUCCUGGAAGGUGUGCACUGCCUGUUGGGAAGUGUAGUCCUUUCCCACCGCUCCACCCGCACUGCCCCAGAAAAGUAGAGUCCUGUGCAGAGGUUGGCACAGUGGGAAAUGGCUCGCCCCCUGAAGGGGGUGGGGUUUUUUUGUUUUUGUUUUUGUUUUUUCUGCUUGAAAAAAAGUGAGGUCAUUCACAUGACCCCCUGCUUGAAAAAAAGUGAGGUCAUUCACAUGACCAAAAGAGGCUGGGCUGGAGGGGGCGGAUGGCAGGAACCUACCUGCCUUCCCCCAGGUGACCAGACCCCCCAUGAGGGCUCUGCGUCCACAUGAGUGGCAUGGUGGCGAGCCCAGUGGUGAUCAGGUGGGGGGAAGGCAGCUCGGGAUCUCAGGUAUACCACAAUGCACCACACGAGCAGCACUGUGAAAUCGCCAUGCUUCCUGGCCAUUCCUCCCCCCACCCCCACCCGGCCCAGCUCUAUGACCAAGAUGGCUGCGGGCAGACUGGGAGAGCUGCCAGCUGCAUGGAAACUCCAGACAACCAGUAAGUGAGGUAGGAGACACACACACGUGUCCGCCUAUCUCACUUUAAGCCUGGGUGGUGGAUCAGGGCUAUCCAAGAGAGGAGCAGUGGGAUCGGGAGCAAUCCUGGGGCUUCUCAUGACCAGCCCUACCUGGGUUUGCCCUCUCCUCGGAGGAGCACCUAGGUGAUUUUGGAGCCUGGACCUUUGGAGGCCCCCUCCCCCCACACAUUAAGCACCGUCCAUGCUCCGCUGGGUGACCACACUGCCCAGGACAGACUAAAGUGGAUUUGGUGGGGGCAGGGGCAGUGGAGGCCCUGGACUUUGGCCCCAAAGUCCAGGGGUAAGUGCGCCUCUGCCUCUCCUACUCAGGUAGGGCCGGUUGUGAGAUCGACCUCAGUGAAGAUCACUGUUCUAGGCAGAUCCUUGUCACACCCUGUAUCACAUAGAAACAGAAGACAUCUGUGCAGAUUUGCAACUGGGGCACAAAAUUUGGCUUUUCAUAAUGCAGAGGUUUUUUUCUUUUAAGCACAGUUCAGUGUGUGCAAUUCUGGACAGAUGUUCCGUCCAUAUUUCCCUGUCAGAGGCCUCCGAAAUGACAUCAGUCUCUUAGGAAAAAGCAACCCUCAUUCAUGGUUUACCAAGGAGUGCUUUGAGUGAUGUGUGUGCUUUUCUGUAUUUGGUCUCUCAAAGAACUAGCACCUGUGUGGGAUUGGAGUCCAUUGAACCUGUUAAGCUUGCUGGGCAUGGCAACUGGUGCCUCGAAGCCAUUACAAAGAGAUUCAGGCUAACUCAGAUACCUUGCAAUGCCUGAUCCUCUUGUCUCUGUCUGCUUCUAGCCACUGGAACUCCCUCCCCCCACACUUGCCCCAAUAGCUAGACAGCCUCCUCACUUUCAUCUUACAAGGAAUUGCUGCUUUGACUGACUCCUCUUUGUUCCUCCCCUCCCCUUUCCUAUUGUGUCUAGUUUUGCUUCUUUUCUUUCUUUUUUCCAGAACGUAAGCCUGCAGGCAAGGCUGUGUUUACUUUUAUAUCUGAAAAGCAUUUAGCAUGAUGUAAAUGCUGAACAAAUAAAUACUGAACAUUUAUAGAGUG